CUGGUUAUAUAAAACAGGGAAACGAUCAGACUUCAUGAAUGAAGUGGUUUGCGUCAGUGCCCGAGGUCUGAGCAGAGAGGCAGCGCGCCUCCUCCUCCGCCAGAUAAAAAGCCAACUUCUGGGGGAGCGGCGCUCUGGGCUGCGCUGAACACCGCCGAGCGCUCCCUGCCUCUCUCCGCGCCGUCCGCCCCGCGUUCCCCGGGAAAAAAAGGGAGGAGGAGGAGGAGGAGGAGAAGCAGAAGAAGAAAAAGAAGUUGCCCGGCCACACAAUGGACGAGACCUCCACGCUGCUGGGCCGAAACUUCUCCCGGGACUUCCAGAUGCUCAGCCAGUACCUGCUGGCGGCGGCCGGGAACGCCUCGCGCCCGGCGAACGCGACGCCCGGGGAGCACGAGGAGGACAGCCUGGACGUCAGCACGGACAUCUACUCCAAGGCUCUGGUCACCGCCAUUUACAUCGCCCUGUUCGUCGUCGGCUCCCUGGGCAACUCCAUCACGCUGUACACCCUGGUCAGGAGGAAGACCUUGCAGAACCUCCAGAGCACGGUGCAUUACCACCUGGCCAGCCUGGCGGUGUCCGACAUCCUCAUCCUGCUCCUCUGCAUGCCCAUAGAGCUGUACAACUUCAUCUGGGUCCACUACCCGUGGGCUUUUGGGGGAGCCGUUUGCAAAGGGUAUUACUUCUUGAGAGACGGCUGCUCCUACGCCACGGCGCUCAACAUCGCCAGCCUCAGCGUGGAGAGGUACAUGGCCAUCUGCCACCCCUUCAAGGCCAAAAGCAUCAUGUCCAGGAGCAGAACAAAAAAGCUGAUCAGCGCUAUCUGGGUGGCGUCGUUUCUCCUGGCGACCCCCAUGCUGUUCACCAUGGGCCAGACUUACACCAACAACGUUCAAAUCUGCACCACCAUAGUCUCCACGCACACGGCCAAGAUCGUCCUGCAGGUGAAUGCAUUCCUGUCCUUCAUUUUCCCCAUGGUUGUGAUAUCCGUGCUGAACUCCAUCAUUGCCAACCAGCUCAUCGAGAUGUUCAAGCAGGCCGCCCAAGACAGCAGGGUCAGUGCCAGCGGAGGAAACGCCACGAUACUGAGUGUGGCCGUGGAGCCCAGCCGAGUGCAGUCUCUCCGGCACGGCGUCAAGGUCUUGAGAGCUGUGGUGAUAGCGUUUGUGGUCUGCUGGCUUCCCUAUCACAUUCGGCGUCUCAUGUACUGCUACGUGACCCACUGGACAGACCUCCUGUACGACUUCUACCACUAUUUCUACAUGGUGACCAAUGUCCUCUUCUACGUGAGCUCCACCAUCAACCCCAUCCUGUACAACCUCGUGUCGGCCAACUACAGGCAGAUCUUCCUGUCCACGCUCAGCUUCUUCUGCCUGCCCUGCCAGAGGAGGAGGAGGAGGAAGCAGCCUGCAAUGGCCAGACACUCCAACAGCAUCUCCAGCAACCACACCUUCUCCACCAAUAUGAUCAAGGAGACCACUUAUUAGGCUUCUCCAGCCCAGAAUACCGUGGACCCCUUUCCCCUGUACACACACAUCCCAGAGGACCACCGGCACAGAGAUGCAGUCCUUUCUGCCACUUUGUCUGGAGAGCGCCCAUCAUCCGUUAACGCUUCGGUUUCCAGUCCCCGGAAUCCACUGAUCCGCGACAUGAGCCUUUCCCAGAAACCAGUGCGAACGUUCUAGUCAUAAAAAAGGAUUCCUCCCAGUGUAUAGCUCACUUGAAGAGUUGACAGGGUAUGUGAAAUUUAUCGACAAUGGCCAAUGUACCCAAAAUAUCCCACGUUUCCAAUUCCGCUGGGAUAAAAUUCAAUUUAACUUGAUUAUUUAUAUAUUCUGCACUGCAAAGGAAAAUGGGGAGGAAAAGUUUUGUACCCCAUUGUUGAAAUGGACUCUUUUUAAGUGCAGUAAAAUAAGCUUAUAGCACAAGAGCUCUUGCACUACAGCAUCAUUGGUCCAAGAUUUUAAACAGUUUUUUCUUUAGCCAAAGCUUUUUUUGUACAGAACUGCAAAUCAUCACCUCAUGCAUUUCCAAUGCACUCCAUACAGAGUGCACAAGGUGCAUUUUCCAUCAGAAACCAAGUACAGAGGAAAGCUCUGUUCUCACUCCUCUUCAUGCAUUUUGAUGUACUGUACAUGGGUUCAAAUUGAUUUACUAAAUUUGGCUUUUAUCAAUAUCAAUAAUGCAACAGCAAGUGAGACCAGUUUCAAACCCGUGGAUGGCGGAUUUGGCUUCAGUUUGCAUGAAGCCAGGCACAGGGGAUCAAUAUUAAGCCAGAGAAGUACAGCACAUCUUCCCACCUAGUAAACUUCUCUGUUCUACUCUGCUUUCAAGAUCAAAGCAGGCUGCAGCUUUGCAGCAUAGCAGCAUAGAAAAGCCAUUUCUUUGCAUGCAUUUUCUUUCUCAGAUUGAGCAGUGACACGUGAAUUACAUGCAUGUUAAGUAAAUAAUUACCAUGACCCAGCCAAUGUUUGCAAAUGGGAGGUGUCCAGACACACGCGCACACACACGGCCAACAGGCUGCAUGAUGAUCCCUCUUCAAAAGAGCAGGGCAUCUGUCAGCCCUUCCGAAGGAAACACGGGGGCGAGGUGUGAUCUAACUGCAAGGAGAACAUGCUCUUCUCGCUUUUGGGGGAAAACAGCACAUGUGUUGCGGACACAGAUGUCUCCACCUCCCAUUAGCACCCGAGUGCAAAGACUCUUGUGAAACACUCGGAGUGAGACAGGCGCUGACCCGCAUCAGCUAGGAAAGACGGGAGAGAGAAAUCAGAAGCAUCCAUCAAGGAGAAUAUGCGAUACAAGAGGUGCUACUUCAAGCAGAGAAUAUUUAACGUUUCGCUGCAUUUCACCCUGUAGGUGAAAUUAUCUGCUUUCUGUACCGUUCACGCUGAAUAACUGACACUGACAGACGCCCCCAUACCUAAUAAAAGUGAAAAUCCUGUGAACUGCUAGAGCGACUUAUGAGAAAACAUCAAUGAACUGUCACUGGAGAACCUCCUCCUCCUCCUCUCCCCAGAAUUCAUCAACGUGAAGACAAAAGCUCAGGUGAUGUCAAAGUGCUUUUUUGUAGUGUGGUAAGUUACAAUCGCAAGCUAGUGCUACAGCAGACAUAAGCCUACAUGUUAUCACACAUCAAAAUUAAGUCCCAUCUCUCUAAGUGACCGGCCCCUGUUCGCUGACCCUCAGUGCCCUUUUCCAAAUGCAGCACUUGUCCAUGUGAAGAAACCCAUUCUCAAACUGAAUGUUGUUGUACCUUGUAAAUAAAGUCUAUUUUAUCCGAACUGUUGCUUUUACUGUGCUUUGAAUAUUUUGCUGUAUUGUACUCUGUUUCUCUGGGAGUUAAUUCUUUUAUUGUUGUGAUAAACUUCAAUCGAGCAGCGCCCCCAUUUAAAACAGAGGCACUGCAGGUUCAUGUCAAUGACAUUUCUAAUCAGCGUUGUAAUCCUGUAUUGCAUGCACUUGUGUCUUUAACUGCGUCUUGUCUUUCCAUAAAACAGAGGAAUCCCAAACUGGCAUUUAAAAACCUCCAAAGGCACAGUCUCAGAUUAUACUUUCGCCCAGGGUACCUUGAUAAUUAUGUUAUCCUAUGGUUUGAUCCAAAGUGACUCACAUCUGUACCCAUUUACUCAGCUGGGCAUUUGACGUGAGCAAUGUGAAGUGAAGUACCCCACAAGCACACACUCAGAUCGCAGAGCCCUGACCGCCCCUCCACACCGCGGAUAGAUCUGCCCUUAUUAUCUGAGGAAAGCAGAAACAAAGGGCAGACAAAGACAAGGCAUCGUACCAUCCCUGCUAUUAAAAUCCAAAUUUCAUACUGAAGCUAGAUUUGCAAAGGCAAUAAUUUUGUUUUUCCUCCGAGUACCUAGGAGAUCAACUGCAGUGCUUUCUUGCAGGAAGACUGCAGAAAUCUCUAAGUGUGAUUACAGUGAAGCAGAAUGGGACCUUCACUACUGGGCUCAACUGACACCUGUUUGGAAUUCACUGACAAAAUUGGCACUUCACCUCUUUAUCCUUUUGUACAGUAUUAUAAGGCAACUUUAACCUAACAAAGUGUGGUCUACCAUUCUCUUGUUUUGUACAUAAUUUUGGAAUUUGUAAAACGGCUCUUCUGUAUAUAGGCAAAGACUUCUUGUUCGUUUUCAGUUGUUCAAUGUGACACUUGUUAUGUUUUGCUGCAAAGUAUCAAUAAAAUGUGCAUUUCUU